AUGGCUUCCUCCACGCCUUCUAUUACAGAGACUCCGAUGAAGUCUUCUAUGACACUUGAAGAUAUCAUCGAUGAUUCUCCCGAUGCCUCUGAAUCUGAAUACGACAGAUCUUGCGUGGCCUCGACACCUUCUCCUGUUGAUGCUGAAUCCGAAGCAGAUGAGGAGACUGCAGUUGAAGCAGAUGCAGAUAUGAUGGAAGAAAAUACCAUUGAGACUCCAGUUGAGGCAAGUAUUGAUACUCUAGAAGAAGCUAAAGUUAAAGCUAGCAUAGAUAUGCCGGGGAAAAUCAAUGCUGUAUCGACCGUUCCUCCCGAUAAAUACAACAAGUUCAGAGGCGAACGCGUCUAUGUAAUUGAAGAGUGGAAAUCCGAUAUCAUUCUCUGUAUGCACGGUCUCGACGAAAGAAUUAUUCAUUUCUUCGUUUCGAGAGAUGUGCUUUGGCUUUCCUCUCCAGUCAUGAGAAGGCUUCUCGUCUCCCACGCGCAAGAGUAUCCAUUCGAUGCCGAAGAUGACAUGGAGAAGACAUGUAUGACAUGUGAAUGUCCGGAAGGUUCUCGAGCCAUGCACCUAGAUAACGAGGACCCAGAGAUAUUCUUGAAACUUCUCCAAAUUGUUCAUCACAAGCCAGAUGCCGGUUUGUUGGAUGCAAAUUUCGACACAAUUAUCAGGAUCGCUAUUAAUUGCAAGAAAUACCAAUUGCAUCAGGCGAUACUUCCUUGGGAGCAGAUCUGGAUUGGAAAAUAUCUGAAGCACAUUCUCGAACCUGGUUACGAGAAUUGGCUGUGUAUUGGAGAGGUUUUUGAUGUCGAAGAUAAACUUAUAAAGCUGAUAGAGAUCUUGGCCGAAGAAUGUAGUAUCACCUACAAAUAG